AUGGAAGAAAAGCGCGCCAAAACUUUGGACGCGCUGUCGACGUUCAUUCAGUCGCAGAGAGAUUUGCUUGCACAAACGCAGUCCGACAUAACACGCCUAAGGGAAUUAAGAGAUGAAGUUGCAGAGGCCCCUCCUGAUUCACUGGAUGAUGUCGGUGACAAGCUGAAAGCUAGCUCCACUAGAUUGAGCGGACAACUGGACUACAUGCCCCCAUUGCCAGAUGAUAUUGACUGGUCUCUCUUCAAGGGCUGCGACCCGACGCCCCUCAAAGAGCUCGCCGUCGGUUGCCGACAGGCGUAUGCACAGCGCAAUGAGCCGCCUGCAAUACAGCACUCUGAACUUUCUGAGCUUCAAAAGCUAGUCAAGGACGCUCGCGUCCACAUGGUCGAUCCUGUCCUGGCUGCUUACAGCUACCUAGCUGAAAUGUCGGAAGACGAGGAGGAAGAGGUAGACCCGGAGGUAUGCCGGAGUGCACGCGAGCGGGAGAAGAUUCGUGAGCUCAAGAAGCGCCGUCUUGACGAUACCUCUGUACCAGGGUUCGGCGGACUGCGGCGGCCCCGUGCGAAUGGCGUUUUUGUGCGUCGGGAUCAGGCGGACGAGAGUGCAGAGGUGGACAUUUCGUGUAACGCGUAUGGAGACGGAGACGCUGAAGGCGAUCCGUCGAUGCUUGGAUCUGGCUCUGAGGUUGUGCCGAUGGACGUGGACACGCCGCCCACGUCGGUUACGUCUCCUCUCUCGGCUGUCUCUGGUCUACCUCCUUCACACCCACCUGUUCAUGGGAAGCCUGUGCGGGAGCGCCGUCAAACUAGGAAGGCGAAAGAAGCAGCCCCUCCUGCAGAUGUGCGCGCGAAGCCAAAGGGAAGACGCGAAACUGCACCGAAGUCAGCGGACUUGCCCCCGGAGCCUGCUUCUUCUUCUGCUGCACCGCAGAAGGAGAAGAGUAAGCAGAAGUCCGAGACAUACAAGCAGGCGUGGUCCGUUUCGGAGCAGCAUCUGCUCGAGCGCCUGCUGGAGGAGAUCCCGGAGGGCGAGAAGAAUCGGUGGCUCAAGAUAUCGCAGGCGAUGAAUUCACGGCGGACGGCGCGACAGGUCGCGAGCCGGGUGCAGAAAUACUUCGAAAAGCUCAAGCGUUUCGGGCUGGAUGUGGGCAAAAGUACGAUAUGA